AUGAACAACAACAAUAACAACAAGGGCGCAGGUGAGCAGCUCGGCGGAGCUCUCAACGGCCUCACCUCAACACUCGGCAACACCGUCGGCGCCGUAGGCCGCACAACUGGCAACGUGACGGGCGCGGCUACCCGGGGCGUUGGCGACACCGUCACCGCUGCGACGGGCAGCUAUGGCAAGCCCGUCGGCGAUGCCGUCGGCAACGUGGGCACCGGCGUCGAGGGUGGACUGGGUGACGUGUCCAAGGGCGUGGAGGACGCUGGCAACUGGAAGAAGCAGUAG